CGGCAGACAGAGUGAGAGUUUAGAGUGCAGUGUAAGUCCGAGGCCGGUAUCACAAGGGAUAAGGAAAUAAAGAGCUGCGAUUCGUAGGGAAGGGGCGAGCAGGGACGCCUCGUAGAAUGGGCGCCGGUGAGGACAGAGCCGAGCAGCUGGGUUUCAUUCCACAGAAGGAGAUAGUGUAUAACCUUCUCUUGCCCUACGCGGACCGGCUGGACCGUGAGUCCAAUGAGCUAUUGGCGCAGAUCAAAGGCAGCCUGGGCCGAGCCGUGCACCUGCGGGAGCUCUGGCCAGGGGUUCUCUUCUGGACCAGAAAACUUACCACGUAUAUAAGACUAUAUGGACGAAAGUUUAGCAAAGAAGACCAUGUUCUGUUUGUCAAGUUGUUGUAUGAGUUGGUGACUAUCCCCAAGCUGGAGAUCAGUAUGAUGCAGGGCUUUGCACGUUUGUUGAUAAGCCUGCUAAGGAAAAAAGAGCUUCUUUCGAGAGAAGAUUUACAGUUACCAUGGAGACCGUUGUAUGAAAUGCUGGAGAGAAUAUUGUAUUCUAAAACAGAACACCUUGGACUUAAUUGGUUUCCCAAUUCAUAUCGACAAGGCUUGUCUUCCACUAAAACACUUGUGCUUAAUAUUUUACAUAGGUGCUCUGUAGAAGGCGUCCUCAAAACCCUUGUGAAAGCCUGCCGACCUUAUUUUCCAGAUGAUGCAACAGCAGAAAUGCUUGAAGAAUGGCGUCCUUUAAUGUGUCCUUUUGAUGUAACCAUGCAAAAGGCUAUUAGUUACCUUGAAUUAUUUUUGCCUACCUCCUUGCCUCCAGAGCUUCACUGUAAAGGUUUUAGGCUUUGGUUUGAUGAGCUAAUGGGUCUUUGGGUUUCAGUACAGAAUCUUCCACAGUGGGAAGGGCAUCUGGUCGACCUUUUUGCACGCUUGGCCAAUGAUAACAUUGGAUACAUUGAUUGGGAUCCAUAUGUACCAAAGGUAUUUACACGGAUUCUCCGGAGCUUAAAUCUUCCUGUAGGAAGCAGCCAGGUUAUUGUUCCUCGGUCUCUAGCGAAUGCAUAUGAUAUUGGUCAUGCAGUGAUAUGGAUAACAUCUAUGAUGGGAGGACCAAGUAAAAUUGUCCAGAAACAUCUGACAGGAUUGUUCAGUAGCAUUGCAUCUUUUUAUCAUCCAUCCAAUAAUGGGAGGUGGUUGACAAAACUAAUGAGACUGCUCCAGAGGCUCCCUUGCUGUGUUGUUCGAAGAUUGCAUCGAGAAAGGUAUAAGAAGCCCUCUUGGCUGACCAAAGUGCCUGACAGCCAUAAACUUAGUGACCAAGAUGUGACUGAUUUUGUGGAAAGCAUAAUUCAGCCUGUUCUACUGGCGAUGUUCAGCAAAACUGGAAGCCUGGAGGCAGCCCAAGCUCUACAGAAUCUUGCACUUAUGCGCCCUGAGCUAGUUAUUCCCCCAGUACUUGAAAAAACUUAUCCUGCUCUGGAAACACUAACAGAACCACAUCAGCUUACCGCAACGUUAAGUUGUGUUAUUGGCGUGGCUCGCAGCUUGGUAUCUGGUGGCAGGUGGUUUCCUGAAGGUCCAACACACAUGCUACCUCUGUUGAUGAGAGCGCUGCCAGGGGUGGAUCCAAAUGAUUUCAGUAAAUGCAUGAUCACAUUCCAGUUUAUUGCAACAUUUUCCACUUUGGUGCCUUUAGUCGAUUGUUCGUCUGUGCUGCAAGAGAGGAACAAUUUUUCUGAGGUGGAGAGGGAGCUGUGCUCAGCAACUGCAGAGUUUGAGGACUUUGUGCUUCAGUUCAUGGACAGGUGUUUCGCUCUCAUAGAAAGUAGUGCUCUUGAACAAACAAGAGAAGAAACUGAGACAGAAAAGAUGACCCAUCUGGAGAGCCUGGUUGAGCUAGGCCUUUCUUCUACCUUCAGUACAAUUCUUACACAGUGUUCCAGAGACAUUUUCAGAGUUGCAUUGGAAAAAGUUUUUAACUUUGCUGUGUCAAACAUAUUUGAAACAAGAGUCUCGGGCAGAAUGGUAGCAGAUCUUUGUCGAGCUGCUGUUAAGGUGAUGAUGUCCUGCAUGAAGAAGAGCUGGAUAAAGAGCUACUAUGGAACCUGCAACUCUUGUCUGAGAUAACAAGAGUAGAUGGGAAGAAAUUUCUUCCUUACAAAGAACAGCUUGUAAAGAUUCUCCAGAGAACAUUGCACUUCAAAUGUAAGCAGGGCUAUGCUUUGUCGUGCAAUUUGCUGCAUCAUCUACUGCGUUCUAGCACCCUUAUCUACCCUACAGAGUACUGCAGUGUGCCAGGGGGGUUUGAUAAGCCUCUCACUGAAUAUUUUCCAAUCAAGGACUGGGGCAAGCCAGGGGACUUAUGGAACCUUAACAUUAAGUGGCACGUUCCAUCAGCUGAAGAAAUUGACUUUGCAUAUUACUUGCUGGACAACUUUUUGCAGCCAGAAUUGAUUAAAUUAGAUUGUUAUGGAAACGGAGAGCUUGAGAUGUCAAGGGAUGAGGUGUUACAGUGUCUCACCAUUGUACAUAACUGUCUUACCGGCUCAGGGAAUCUUCUACCUCCUCUGCAAGGAGAAAAAGUAACUCACUUGGUUACAAGCAUGGUGUCUUUGGAUGAGACUAAACUUUUUAACGGUUUAGAUUACGGGAAAAACUUUUGCUGUGAGUUAUUUAAAACACUGGGCAAAGUACACGUGGCCACUGUAGCUAUUCUCAACCUAGUCUCUGACAGCUCUGUGACUAUGUCUAGCAGGAAACAUAAUAAAGGUGACAAAAGCAUUAAAAGCACCAGUCUAACUAACUUUCUGAAAAUACCUAAUACUUGUUCGGAUCAACCCCCUGCAGAAAACACAGAGCAGACCUCCCCACUAACUUUCACUCCAAGUCCUCUGCCCGACAUGCAGCCACAGGAACCUCUAACAAGAGGUGACUUAAAUGUAAUCUCCUCUAAAGCAGACAUUAAUGUGGUUCUAACAGAAAUGAGGUCUUUAUUUGGAGACUUGAAAAGGGAUUUCCAGCAAAUCAGCCAGCAGGUUACCACCUUAGAAACUAAGCAGACAACCCUGCAGGCCCAAGCCGAUUCAAAUACACAAAGGGCUUUUGAGCAAGAAGGGGACAUCCAAUUUCUCCUAACCAGGGUGGAAGACUUAGAUAAUAGGGGGAGAAGGAACAAUCUACGCAUCAGGGGGGUGCCGGAAUCUGUGAAUAAUACAGCUAUUGAGGGCUUCCUGCAAGACUUUUUCCGCACCAUUAAAGAAACACCGAGCUCCCCUGAUAUUAUGCUAGAAAGGGCACAUCGGGCCCUCCGACCAAAAACCCCCCCCAAAGCCCCCCCGAGGGACAUUAUUGUCAAGUUUUUGAGUUAUAAAGAUAAAGAUAUCAUCGCUCAGAGGGCCCGCGCCAUCAAAGAUCUCACUCAUGCUGGUAUACCUAUCCAGGUUUUCUCAGACCUGAGCCAAAUUACCUUACAAAAAAGAAGGGACCUUAAGUUUAUUACCAGUGUUCUUCAGCGCCAUAAAAUUCAAUAUAAGUGGGGAUUUCCCGUAUCGCUUAUAGCCACUCGCAAUGGGAAACAAGCCAUCUUUAAAACCCGCACAGACCUCUCUGAUUUCUGCAAUAUUCUGGAUGUAGACAUUCCAGUACCCGAAGAAGCAGGAUCCAGCCAAAGUGCUCCUGAUUUACCAACCACAAGGUAUAUUGUCUUUAUAGACCAGCCUAUUGGAACCAUGAACAGACCCCACAUAUGGAGGUUUGAUGACUUCCUGUUGAACAAUCAGCCAAUUAAACUGCAGAUAGAGACUAGAUUAUUAGAGUACUUCCAACACAACAACACAGGGGAGGUCCCAGGCCCAAUAGUGUGGGAAGCACACAAGAGCGUGCUGAGGGGGGAACUGAUCAAACAAAGAGCUCUAAACUCCAAACAGCUGAGACUUAAGUACUCCACCCUUCUCCUUAAAAUCCGAGAUCUAGAGAUUAAACAUAAAAAACUGCCCUCUGACACCGCGACUACCAAAAUAUUGCAACAAGCCAGAAAAGAGAUCCAAGAUAUCCAUUCUAUUGAUCACCAAAAAAAGGCAUUACAAUUGCAACAAACAUACUUUGAAUACGGGGAUAAACCCGGUAGGCUUCUGGCACGCGCUUUAAAAAGAAAACAAUCAAAAUCCCAUGUUCACUCCAUCUUUAAUCAGCAUAAUCAAACCUGUGUAGAUAGCCCUUCAAUUGCGGAAACACUUAGAUCCUACUACCAGAAGUUGUAUAACUUAAAAGAUGAGAAGGUAUCAACUUCGGAGGCAGAAAGAGACCCCCCCCUUCCCCAUAUCGAGAGAUAUUUGAGUUCUCUCACAUUGCCGACACUGUCGGAUAAAGACAGAGAGGCACUGGACAAUCCCAUCACGGUAAAAGAGGUAACUAAAACCAUUGAGGAGUUGAGUACUGGUAAAAGCCCCGGCCCUGACGGCUUUAGUGCCAAAUAUUACAAAUUAUUUAAGGAUAUCCUUUCGCCACACUUAGCAACCCUAUUCAAUGACAUUGGACACACUCAAAAUUUUCCCCCAACCAUGUUACUAGCACACGUUACCACCAUCCCAAAACCCGGGAAGCCACCUAACCGCCCUGAGAACUUCAGGCCAAUUUCCUUACUCAAUGUAGACCUGAAGAUCUACGCAAAAAUCCUCGCCACAAGACUAAACGUCUACUUGCCCCAUUUGGUUUCACCUGACCAAAUCCCAGAGAGCUGCAUACAAAUUGCAAUUAUUUUGCAGCAAUCGCAACAUCCCCCUACCAACUCACAGCUUCCUCAUCCUGACAAAAUUGCUUUAGCAAUUAAAAAGCAAGAAGAGAAGAAUUCUGAAUCUUUACAAAAUUAUGAACGAUUGGUCAACACGUUGUUAGAUUGUGUCACCCAAAGAAACUUGCCUUGGAAGUUUGAACACAUUGGCAUUGGUUUUCUGUCAUUGCUUUUGAGAGAUGAUCACAUUCUACCUCUUCGAGCUAUCCGAUACUUGGUGCAGUGUCUAAACCAUGAUGCCCUUAAUGUACGCAAGAUGUCCAUCUCCACUGUUGCUGGCAUUCUGAAACAAAUGAAGAGACCGCAUGUAAAAGUGACCAUCUGUCCCUACAAAAUCAGUGGAUGUUCCAAACCUUCUGACUUUUUGGCUGGAGACAGACCAGACAACCAGUGGUUGCAUUACAGCAGUGCCAGCCUCCCGAAGACAAAACAGCAAUGGGAAUCCUGUUGCUUUGUAGAGAAAACUCAUUGGGGAUAUUCCACCUGGCCUCAGAAUAUGUUGGUGUACGCAUCUGCUGAUGAACAACCAAAACUUGGACGAACAAGAGAGGAAAUGUCUGAGGCAGAACAAAUCCUAUAUGAUUAUUUCACAGAUGAAAAGUUUGUUGACCAGCUGAUCAAGUUCCUGUCUUUAGAAGACCGAAAGGGGAAGGACAAGUUUAAUCCUCGAAGGUUUUGCCUGUUUAAGGGUCUCUUCAGAAACUUUGAUGAUGCUUUCUUGCCAGUAUUUAAACCCCAUUUGGAGCGACUAGUUGCAGACUCCCAUGACAGCACACAGCGAUGUGUGGCUGAAAUCAUUGCUGGCUUAAUCAGAGGCUCCAAACAUUGGACUUUUGAAAAGGUAGAAAAUUUGUGGCUUCUUCUGAACCCACUUCUGAGAACAGCAUUAUCAAAUAUCACUGUGGAAACUUAUAGUGACUGGGGUACAUGUAUUGCAACCUCUUGUGAGAGCAGAGAUCCACGAAAACUGCAUUGGUUGUUUGAGCUGCUGCUCGAGUCUCCAGUAAGUGGUGAAGGAGGAUCUUUUGUAGAUGCCUGUCGGUUGUAUGUGCUGCAAGGAGGACUUGCCCAACAGGAGUGGAGAGCUCCAGAGCUGCUACAUAGAUUGCUUCAGUAUCUAGAACCUAAGCUUACACAAGUGUACAAGAACGUCCGAGAACGAAUAGGAAGUGUCUUGACCUAUAUAUUCAUGAUUGACGUCACUUUGCCAAACACUGCACCAACUAAGUCCCCUCACAUAUCUGACUUUACUGCUCGAGUCCUCGCUAAGCUGAAGCCUCUCAUGGAUACUGAAGAGGAGAUUCAAAACCAUGUCAUGGAAGAGAAUGGAGUUGGUGAUCAAGAUGAGCGAACUCGGGCCAUUAAGAUGUUAAAAACAAUUUUAAAAUGGAUCAUGGCAAGUGCAGGGAGAUCCUUUUGUACAGCAGUUCCAGAGCAAAUACAACUGUUACCAUUGCUGUUUAAGAUUGCACCAGUUGAAAUUGAUUCUAAUUAUGAUGAGCUCAAAAGAGAUGCAAAAAUGUGCUUAUCCCUAAUGUCUCAGGGUCUGCUUUACCCUGAACAAGUGCCUUUGGUGCUUGAAGUUCUGAAACAAACAGCAAGAAGCAGCUCGUGGCAUGCAAGAUACGCUGUUCUGACCUAUGUUCAGACAAUGGUGUUUUACAAUCUUUUCAUUUUCCUUCACAAAGAAGAUAGGGUGCAAGGUAUUAGGUGUCUGGUGCUACACCUAUUGGCUGACGAACAGCUAGAGGUGAGAGAAAUGGCUGCAACCACACUGAGCGGUCUGUUGCAGUGUAACUUCCUACGUAUGGAUGUCACAAUGCAGACACAUUUUGAACAGCUUUGCAAAACCAGACUGCCUAAAAAAAGGAAGAGAGAUCUGGGUUUGGCUGUGGAUACUAUACCAUCAGGAGAUUUAGUAAAGCGACAUGCUGGCGUGCUUGGCCUGAGUGCUUGCAUUUUAUCUAGUCCAUAUGAUGUACCUACAUGGAUGCCACAACUUCUAAUGGAUCUGAGUGCACAUCUGAAUGACCCCCAGCCAAUAGAGAUGACUGUGAAAAAGACACUAUCCAAUUUUCGAAGAACACAUCUUGACAACUGGCAGGAACACAAACAGCAAUUUACUGAUGACCAACUCCUGGUUUUGACUGAUCUUUUGGUAUCUCCCUGUUAUUAUGCCUAAAAGACUAGACCUACAGGGGGCAGUAUAGAACCGUCUGCAAAACAAGAAGGAACUUCCAGUUCUAUUGUUUCUGAAACUUUUAAACUUGGAUGUCUUGCUGGCCAAAUGAAUGGAUUAUUUUUUUUAAUUAUUAUUUUUUCUUUUUAGUCAUGGCGUAGAACUGAAGCAUUUUGUCAAGAAUUUUUAAUUCAAGAGUUUGACUUAUUUAAGCUUGUAAGGGAUUGAAGUGCACCUUGUUUGGCUCAUUAAAGACUCAUUAUCCACAGACUUUUAGCAAUGGAAACUCUGUAUAGAUUUUGUCUGCCACAUAAAACAAGAGCUUGAACGUAACAAUGUUUUAAAUGUGUUACAUGACUGUAUAAACGGUAGAGACUUACAACAGUAAUACAUUGUACAGAUAGAACACCUUUUACAUAAAAUCAUUACAAAACUCAUUUGUAAAGAAUCACAAUAAUAUUAAGUCUAUGCUAAAGCUUUGUAUCAGGUCAAAUGCCAUAUUUUUGUGUUUUUAAAUUAUUUUCUUUAACAGACAUAGCUUUGUUUUGCUCCUUGAGCAUUUAUAGUUGGUUUGUUUCAUGAAUCUCAAUAAAUUAUAAAUAAUCCUAUAUACAGUACAUCUGCAGGUUUUGCAGAGGUUUUUUGUGCUAUACACCUAAUGCUAAUGUUACAAGGUGACAGAUUUGUAAGCAAGGUACUUUGUACAUUGAAAUAAUUCUCAUUUUGGUGAGCUUACGAUGUGUACGGUCUUCCUUGCAGGAAUUCUAUAAUUAUUUUUAAAUGCCUACCUGCUGAGCAAGUGACUCACUCAAAACCUAAAGCACAGCAGCGUUCCUAGUGCAGUAUUUACUGAGUGUCAGCACAGAUGUAACCAUUGUAUAGCGUAGUGCCAAAUCUGUUAUUUCAAUUGUAUAAUUAGUUUAUUUUAAGACCCAAUAAAUGGAUCAUUUGUAA